AUCCUGUAUAGUUCCUGACAGAUUUCAAGCCAGAGCUUUCCAUAAGCUCGACAUUCAGUUCUCCCACGGCCAUCUCUGUGUGCCCAGUAUGUCCUAUGUACCAGACCCUGAGUUUAUCUCUCAUGCACGCCCUAUUCUUAAAGCUCUGCACUCAGCACCCCCAGCUCGACUUCAUGACAUUGAUGCUCGCCGUGCCAUGGUAGAGGGGUUCAAAAGCAUCUUUGAGACGACGCUUCCAGUACAGCCUGACUGGGUCCCGACAAAGUACACUACCAAUAAUGUCGAUGGUGCACAGAUUGUACUCUACUGGUUCGCCAAUGACAUUAUCAAACACAAUUCUCAGCCUAGCCCCGUCAUUCUUCACUUCCAUGGCGGCGGCUACGUGGCCGGCAAUGUCUCUGUCUUCGAACGGUUUCUGGCAAACCACGCAGCGACGACAAAUGUGCCAAUUCUCAGCGUAGACUACCGACUUGCACCCGAGAGUAACGGCGACGGACCGGUACAAGAUUGCUUCGCAGGCCUAACGUGGCUCCGAAACAACGCAAAUACCCUCAAUAUUGACCCAGCCCGUAUCGCUGUGAUGGGUGAAUCUGCAGGUGGAGGCUUAGCUGCAGGUCUCGCACUCUAUGCUCGAGAUCAGCAAUUUUCACCACCUAUAGCAAAGCAAAUUCUAAUAUAUCCUAUGCUAGAUGACCGCAAUACUACCAGAGAUGAACGGCUAGAAGAAUUCGCCGUAUGGCGGAAUGCAGAUAGUAUUACUGGUUGGACGGCGUUACUAGGCAAGGAUAUCAUUGGAACUGACAAUGUGUCACCUUACGCUGCUCCUGCCGGAGCCAAAGAUUUGACUGGUUUACCACCAGCUUAUAUCGACGUUGGAGAGCUUGAUAUCUUCCGCGAUGAGGAUCUUGAAUAUGCGAGAAAACUUGCCGCCGCUGGGGUUUGGGUAGAGUUUCAUUUACAUGCUGGCGUGCCGCAUGGAUUCGAAAUCCUUGCCCCGACAUCAGAUGUCGCCAAAAGGGCGCUAUCAGAUCGGGCAAGAGUGUGUCAAGCUUUUUGAUUCCAUGAUACAUACUGUUUCGUCCGAAGGAGAGGCUAGGAGGAGAGACCUAAUCAUUGGAUCUAGGUACUUGACAUUACUAGAGUAGCUCGAAUGACC